GAAUUAAUUUUAGACGACCAUGUACGGGUCGGUCGCCGCGCCAAAGGCCCGUGCGGCCAAGCCCACGGCGUGGAUCGGCCUGCCCUUCCAAGGCGCCUCGUACCGCGUGCUGCUGUACCUCGUGCUCAACGUGCUCCUCGCCAUCCUCAGCGCGGCGCUUGUGCUCACAUUCGGCCUCUUCUCGCUCCUCCUCUGCACAGACGCACCCGUCGUCCAGACGACGCACUGGAUGGUGCUGCUUGAGGUCGAGCUGUACAACCGCCUCAUCGACUUCACGGCUCGCCACGACGACGGCGCCUUUCGCCAGUCGUCGUCCAAACGCAUCUUUGUGCAUUUUGAGCUCGGCAGCGGCACGGCCACGUCGUCGAUGGAAGGGUUUCGUAUGACGCACGGCGUCUCCAAGGCGAUGCUGGUCUACUUUGGCGGCGGGAAGCUUCUGGUCGCUGCGAUGGCACUCGUGUCGCCCAGCAUAUUGCUGACGGCGGGUGCCUACUGCCUCGCGUCGCUCGUGUCCGUGCCGCCCGUCGAGCCAUUGCUCCUGCGGCUCGGCGCUGGCGUUGUCUGUGUGUACCUCGGGUGCGCGGCGCUCCACGCGACGGCCGAGUGGACGCUGCGCCUCACGCGAUGCCUCUGCAGCGAACCGUUUGCGAGCUACGAGUACCUGCACGGGAUCCUCCCGCACUAA